AUGUUAAACCAUUUUUUUCCAAGCUUAAGUAAGAAUUAUAUUGAGAUUUUAGAUGAUGAUGAAUAUUACGAUAUUACAAUUGAAGUUGGUGAUGACCCAAAUAAAAAAAUAUUCCGUUCGCAUAUGAUUAUUUUGUGUUAUCGUUCUCCAUCUUUACGAACCUUGGCUUCAAAUCAAAAGAAUAGUGAUGGUGCCUUAGCUCACGUUAAAUUGCCAAAUAUUACUCCAGAGAUAUUUCAGAUUAUUUUAAAAUAUAUUUACGGCGGUAUUAUCACAUUAAACGAGGAAGAUAUUCCAGAAAUACUACGAGUGUUAGGUGCUGCUGAUCAACUUCACCUCCAAGAACUGGUUGACUUUUUACAAAAAUAUUUAAUUGAGAAUAAAUCUGAGU